AGGUUUCCUCCGCUGGAGUUUGAAUUUUCCAACGAGAGCAGCAGCGUCCGACCGUGAGUCUGAUAAAAGAAGCGUCGCGCCCAAAUCAGCUUCUGAACCAUGAGCUGGGCGGUGGAGGAGUGGAAGGAUGGACUUCCAGGGAAAGCCCUGCAGAAGAUCCAGGAGAUGGAAGUCCAGCUGGACAAGCUGAAGAAGGAGAGGACACAGAAGCAGUUUCAGGUGGACUCCUUAGAAGCUUCCCUGCAAAAACAGAAACAAAAGGCGGACAGCGAACGCACAGAGACUUCUGCUUUGAAAAGAGAAAACCAGUCUUUAGUGGAGUCGUGUGACUCACUAGAAAAAGCUCGUCAAAAGGCCGUCCAUGACCUCGGAGUCAAAGAGCAGCAGGUGAGCUACCUCGAGGGUCAGCUUAACUCCUGCAGGAAGACCAUCGAGCGACUGGAGCAGGAGCUCAAGAAGUACAAAAAUGAACUGGACCGUUCUCAGUCUGCUGGUUCUUCUUCCCUGUCUUCCUCCUCGUCUGAGCUGCAGCCCUACAAUACUCCACAGAAGAGUUUCCCUACUCCAACACCUGUCCCAGCCUACAGGCAGCAGGAUAACAGAUUAGAAGACCUUCAGGAGAAAUACAACCACGAGGUAGAAGAAAGAAAAAGACUGGAGACUGAACUCAAAGUCUUGCAGGUCAAACUGUUGAGCCAGUCAUCAGUCAGUGUAAGCCACAAAGACAUUGCUGCCCGCCAAGCUGGAUCCUCCAUAUUUCCGUGGCAACAGCAGGAUCAGGCGAAGAGCCGCAUGUCUCAGGAUGCAAUGGAAACGCCUCUGAAGAGGCGAGGGAUGUCCCUGUGGGACACCCUUGAGGAAACACCAAUCAGAUCCAGCCAGAGGACGAGCUCUGCCAAAGUGGUUCAGAGUCCCAGCGGAUCCUCCCAACAAAUGGAGCAGCUAAAGACUCUCAACCAAGAGUUGCAUGGCCGUGUGUCAGAGCUGGAGAGGAAUCUGUCCAAUCAGGAGAAGGAAAUACGCGGCCAAGCUUCUAAGCUGCAGGAACUUCAAAGUCAACUGAACCAGGCCCGCAAAGACCUUACUGAACGAGACAGAGACCUGACCAAGACCAGCCAUGAGCUGAGUCAGGCCACAGACAAACACCAGCAGGCAGUGACCAAGUGUUCAUCAGUUGAGCAGAAGCUGAAACAAGUCACAGAAGAGAUGAACUGUCAAAGGCACAACGCUGAAAGCUGCAAACGAGCCCUGGAGCAGAAACUCAAGGACCAGGAAAGAAACAGUCAAAAGGAACUAGCCCAACUGCAGAGUACCCACCAGGCUUUGGAUCAGCAGCUGAACCAAACCAAGACAAAGCUGAAUCAAGAGAUCCAACAGUCCAAAAAAGACUACAAUGUGCUGCAAGCCGACAUGGAGAAGAUGUGCCUCCAGAAGAGACAGAUGGAGAAGGAAAUGGAGGAGCAGAAACAGAAGUUGCUGAGGUCAGAGCAAAGCCUCCAGGCCACCCAGACCAAAGAGCAGGAGCUCCGCAAGAAAAUGGAGGAGCUGCAGAAGGAAAAGAACAGUGUGACUGUCCAGUUGGACCAGAGCAGCAGGCGUCUUACUCAGCUGGAAGAAGAAAAGAAGAGUUCAGAGCAGAGCCUCAAACGCACACAGGGCCUACUAGACGAUCUCAAAGCAAAAUCAGAUGGACAGACGGAGGAGCAGAAGAGACUUCAGUCUAAACUGGAGCAGCAGACACAGGCUUCAGCACGAGAUCUGGAGAACCUGAAGAAAACACUUUCUGACGCAGAAACCAAAUAUGACAGAUCUCAGAAUGAGCUACAGAAACAGAAGCAGGAGACAGAGAGGCUGAGCAACAGGCUGACAGUCCUAGAGAAGGAGAGCCAGGAGCUGAAAUCUAACCUCACUGUGAGCCAGAAGGAGUGCGCUGAGCUGAAACAAGAACAUCAAGCUCUGCUGGAGUGGAAGACAGAAAAGGAAACAUUAAUUAACACAACUGAAGCUGUGCAAAAGGAACUCAGUGACAAAAUUAACAACUUGGAAGGCAGCCUCCGUGCCCUGAAUGAGGCUAAUGAUGAACUUAAGGAGAAGUUCAUGUGUGUCGAGGGAGAAAAGGCUUGUCUGUCUUCUCACGUCGAUUCCUUGAAGGGAGAACUCCUCAAUAAAUGCACAGAGCUGGAAGAGAGAGAGCAUCAGUACAAGCAGCUUCAGUCUCAGUUCUCUGAGGCUGGACAGAAACACACCAAAGACCUGGAGAAUGUUGGACUGCAAGUAACUCAACUCGAAGCACAGGUCAAAGAUCUGGAGGCACGGUUGCAAAAGGAAAUCGGUCGUGCAGAGCUUGCUGAGAGGACAAUCACCGAGGUCCAGGAUCAGCACCAGGCAGCCUGCGACCUGGUCCGCUCCAAAGACCAGCUGGUAGAGCUGGGUCAGGCUGAGAUCAGCCAGCUGAGGGAAAGCCUGGCACAGGUUACUACACAGCAGGAGGAGCAAAACAACAGGUUGGCAGAGGAGAAGGCAUCCCUGCUGAAGCACUGUGAGGAGGCUGUUUCAGCGAAGACAGAAGAGACUGAGAACAUCAAGCUGCAUUUGGAGGAGGCUCGUCAAGACCUACUGCUCACCAAAAACCAGAUCAGUUCUAUGGAGCAGGUCCUGAAGGUCCAGGAGCAGCUCGGGGCUGAGCUGCAGAAACAAAUCAAAACAAUGUCAGAGGAGGAAGAAGAACUUAAAAAGGCGUGUGAGAAAAAAUCAGAAGAGCUCAAAGAGUUAGAAAAGGAGCUGAAGCAUCAGCUGAGCCAGACAGAAGAAAAGGAGAAACUACUCACACAGGCUGAAGCUCAGAUAUUGUCCAUGGAGAAACAAAAGGCUGAGCUGGAAAAUACAGUUCAAGAGAUGAAGAAAGAAGCCGAGAUCAUCGAGCAUGCGCAGACGGAGAAGAUCAACACCCUGCUGGUGCAGAUUUCUUCCCUAGAAGAAAAGAUAGACACAAACAAAGAUGCAGCAGAACAACUUCCAGCCUUGAAGACUGAGCUGGAUGUUGCCAAUCAGUCCUGUGCUGAACUUAAAAAGUCUCUCGAAGCUCUGGAGAAGAUUCACUCCUCCACCACUGAAAUCAAGUCUAACCUGGAGAACACACUGGCAGAGAAAACUAAACUCAUCUCCGCUUUGGAAAACGAUAUAAAGGAUCUCACAGAGAAAAUGAGUAACGAAUCAGAGUGUCACUCUUUGGAAAUUGAAAACUUAGUCAACAAAGAGAAGAUCCUUAAAGAGCAACUAGAAGCCACCAGGAAGUCGGCUAAAGCUGAACUGAGUACUCGUCGGGAGGAGAUAAAAACCAUGAAGGUGACUCUGACUGCUGCUCAGCGGGGCUUAGAAGAGAGAGACAACACCAUAAAAAGUCUGAAGGAGAAGCUGAAUAAAGCAGAAGUGGAGCAAAGCAAGACCUCAGAUCUCCUCAAGGAGAAGAUGGUUGCUAUGAACAAAAUCAAGGUGCAACUGGAGAUGUUGCAGAUGGACCUGGAGGACAACGAGUCAGCUAUAAACUCUUUUGACAGUCAGGUGGAGGACCUAAAGGGAACCAUCGAGUUGCUAGAAGCUCAGCUCGCUCAGAAAGACACACAGAUGUCUGACAUGGAGGCCAGGCUGGAGGAAAGCAAAGCACAGGUCUCUGUCUUGGAAACUCGCUUAGAUGAGGUCCAAUCCCAAAACUCUGAGCUGGAAUCAAAGUAUGUCACAGCUAAGGAUGAGUUGUUUGAGAGGAGCCUUGAAAUAACUCGCCUGGAAGAAGAAGCUUUCAAAAGAAACCAGCUGGAAGAGAGCGUGGCCGCAUUAGAGUCCCAACUCAGUCAGGUGACGGAAGAAAAUGCCAAGCUAGAGACGUCUCUCAAGCAAACGAUUGAAAACAGAGACAACAGUCUGAAGCAGUUACUCCAAGAGAAAAGCAGCUUUGAAACUUCUUUGAAGCAGUUAACAGAUGACAAAGAGAAAGUAGAAGUGGAAAUUAUUCAACUUAACGGGCAGAAACAACAGCUGGAAGCCAGUUUAGAGAAACUGUCUGAGGAGAACAAACACCUGCAGACCAUAGUUCAGCAGGUAACUGAAGAGAAGCAGCAAACAGAAGCCAAGAUGGAUGAAGUGACUGCUGAGAAAGAUGAAGCUAAAUCAGCCCUGAGUCAGGUCACUGAAGAGAAAGCUCAGCUAGACGUUACUCUCAGUCUUCUAAAUGAGGAGAAAAUUCAACUUGAGAACCAAGUCUGUACGUUAACCUCUGAGAAAAGUGACUUGAUUGUUAACUUCGGUCAAGCUUCAGAGGAGAAGCAUCAGCUGGAAUUUAACUAUAACCAGCUGUCUGAAGAAAACGUCAGACUACAGUCUAGUGUGAAUCAAGUGACUGAAGAGAAGCUGCAGUUACAAGAAACCAUAGAGAGGUUUGAGGAAGAGAUGGCUGCUCUCAGAGAGGAGAAGGAGCGACUCCAGCGCUCCCUCCUGUCCUCAGAGCAGGAGCUCCAGAGGCUGAAGGAGCAGCUUGAUGUGAGGGACAAGAAAAACGAGGAGAUCAAAGAGCGGAGUCAACAGUUUGAGGCAGAACAGGCUGAACUGCACCAGAAGCUGGCGGUAUUACAGACGGAGCUGACUGUGUUCAAGCAGCAGUAUGAGUCGGUUUUGGAGCAGGUGAACCAGCAGCACAGCCUCAUACAGCAGCUCUCAGAAACACAGGAAACACAUAACCCAGAACGUAUCGGACACAUGGAGUCUGGACAAACAGAAAUUGCAGAGGGACAGACUGAUGUAGAGGCAGCACUUGAUACAAGCGUUCGUUCCAGCACUGAGCCUCUUCCAGGAAAUGAACAGCACCCUGAACUUUCUCUGCAGCCUGAUGAGGCUUUCAGUAGCGAGGCAGAGCUGGUCUUCAGAGAGGACAUCACUGAGCAAGAGGGCGUCGAGAAGCAGUUGGAGGAGGAGAGCGCAGCUGCUGUGGAGGAAAUGAACGAAAGCACUGGGGAUGAGCCACCACUUCAUCAGCAGAUGGUUUCUGAAGACACAGAAACGUCUGGUUCCAGGGACGAACCUGUAACCUGUGACCUGUCUCCACCAUCUUCCCCCCUGAGUGAGAUGAGAGACCUGGAAUCUAAUGAGUCACCCCAGGUGCACGAUGACCUCAGCACUUACAAGGAAAUAAUGACAAAACAAGAAAAUGAACUUCAGACUCUUCGCUCAGAGUUUGACCUCCUGAGUUCUGACCUCGAACUGAGAAAGGAGUUGACCUCUGAGCUGGAAGUGCAAGUUCAAAACCUGGAGAAAAAGGUUCAAGCUGCAGAGGAGGCGGCGCAGGGUGCAGCACAUCAACUUAAAACCGCUUUGGACGCAAAGAAAGGCCAUGAGGACAAGUUGAUCCAGCUGUCUGAGGAGAAGGCGACUUUAACUCUACAGCUACAAACGGCUAAAUGUCAGCUGACUGAUGUUAUGGAGAUGCUGGAAGGACUUGAGAUGGCCAAAGGUGGAUGGGAUGAAAAGUUUCUUCAGCAGGAGAGUGAGCUGAAGAGAGUUCGCUCUGAGAAAACUAACCUGGAGCAGCACAUCCUGGGAAUGGAGUCUGAGCUGGAGACCAUGCAGGUGGAGAGGACCGACCUGAAGGAUGAAAUGGAGAAGCAGAAGAAGACGUGUGCAGGCAUGGAGCAACAGAUUGAAACACUCAUGACAGAGACAACCCAGCUGAGAUCUGAACUUGUGUCUUGCACUGAAGAGCGAGAUGAGUUCAGCCAGUCUGUGAGCCACUGGAGAGAGAAAGUUCACAGUCUGGAGAAAACGAACUCUGACAUCCGAAACCUACUUUCCAUCCUGGAGGACGACAUCAGAGCAGGAAGGAAGGAAUACGAAGCCCUGCAAAGCAACAUGGAGAAACUGAAGACGGAGAGGCAGCAGCUCUUGGAGCAGGUUAAGGUGCUGGAGCAGGCAGUCUCUCAGCAGCAUGGAGAAAGAGAGGAGCUUAUCGACCAUCUUAACCAGAUAAAGGAAGAUCACACCUCCGCUAAUCAAAGCACUGAGUCGAUGGUUGGCAAAAUACAGGCUUUAGAGGGAGAAGUGUGUCGUCUUUCACAGUCUCUAGAGUCCUCUCUACUGGAGAAAGGAGAGAUCGCCUCUCGGUUGAACUCCACUCAAGAUGAGGUCCAGCAGAUGAGGACGGGUAUCGAAAAGCUUCAGGUUCGCAUCGAGUCCGAUGAGCGUAAGAAAAAGAAGAUGGGAGAGCUGCUGAAAGCGGCCCAGAGAAAGGCUGACUCACUGCAAGAUCGCAUUGAAGCUCUGGAGCGAGAGAAGGAAGAUGUGGAGCAAAGUCUGGAGGACGCUGUGCUCCAGACUGAAACAGCCAAAGCUUCACUAGAAGAGGAAAUGACAAAGGUGGAGGAAGAGAAAAAAGAGCUCAGUGAGAAACUAUCAGAGCUCUCCACCAUGCUGGACAACCUGAGGUCUGAGAAAGAACGCAUGGAGAGAGAGCUGGAAACAAAAAAUAGAGAGAUAGAGGAACUUAAGGCGGCUAAGGAGGAUCUGGAGAGAGGGUUGGAGAAGGCAGAGGUCGACAGAAGAGAGGAAGAGGAGAAACAGAAAUACAGGGUAGAAGAGCUGGAGAAAGGAAUGAGGGAGGAAUCGGAGAGACAAACUAAACAAGUAGUCGACCUCCAAGCACAGCUAGAAGCUUCACGGCAGAGAGAGAUUUCACUUGAGCAGCAGAGCACGGAAAAAGAUGGAGAGAAAGAAAGGAUGCAGUCUCUUCUAGAAGAGUUAGAAAAGGAGAAACAGUGUCUGCUGAGUUCUCUGCAGGAGAGUCAGACAGAAGGAGAGAAGCUCCGGUUUCAGGGAGAGGAGUGGGACAAGGAACGAAAUAACCUGAGGACCCAGAUCAAGGCUUUGGAGGAGGAAAUGAGGGAGCUCAGAACACUCAUUAAAACUAAAGAGGAAGAGAAGGAGAAAUUACACUUGACCCUCUUAUCAUUAGAACAAGAGAGAGAUAACCUGCGCUGCAAGGUGGAAUCUGUAGAAGAAGAGAAAGAAAGAUUAAACCAGGAGAGAUCUGCGUUAGCACACGACUUGGAGCAACGUCUUUCUUUAUCAGAGCAGGAUAGGGAGAGGACAGUGGAGGAGAAACUGAAGCUAGAGGCUGAAAAGCAAGAAUUGCAGUCGACCAUCUGUCUGAUUGAAGAAGAGAAAAAGAACUUGUCUUCAGCUCUUUCUGCACUGGAGCAACAGAUGCAACGAGCACAAGAGGAGAAGGAGAAACAAGAGAGUCUACAGGCAUCAGUUGCCUCUAUGGAGAAGGAGUUGGAAUCACACAAAGAGUCUGUGUCUCAGCUCAAUGAGCAGGUAUCCGAGUUAACGUCUCAGGCCGCUCGUCUGUCUAAAGAGAGAGACUCUGCCCUGAGUAAGAUGAGUCUCUGGAUGAAGACCUGCAAACAGCUGGAGCAGGAGAAACAAAUGAUGUCAAACAGCUCAGAAGAAGGAAAUUGCAGUGAAGAGGUGCAGACUGAGGUGAUCCAGCUGAGAAAGGAGGUAGAGGAGAGAAAAAAAGAAGUGGAAACCCUGAAGUCGGCACUGGAAACGAAAAUCACAGAGGCAGAAGAAAGACUGACAGAGUCGCAAGAAAAGAAUAAAGAGCUGAAGGAACUGGAGGCCGCCCUUGAAGGAAAGAAGAAGGAGAUAGAGGAGAAGGACAGAGAGCUGGAAGAGAUGAAGAGUGAGUUGGAUGAACUGAACAAAGUUCUGGAGGAGAAAAGUUCAGAGGCUGACGAAAGCAUGGAGAAAUACUGCAGCCUGAUGGUUAAAGUCCACAAACUGGAAGAGACCAACGAUGCUCUGAAAACACGACUGGAACAGAUUACCACUAGCCAACGAGCUAAUGAAGCUAACAGCCACUCCAGCAGCACGGACGGCCGCCGGCGCUCUGUACGGAAGUCUGCCUCCAAACCCAAGGAAGAAAAAAUGGAUGAUAACACUGAGAACAUGGCUCCUUCAACCACUCAGAGGUCUCCUCAGGGGAAACGAGGUCAUCACGACAUCAGCCACAAAGACAGCGCCCAGGAGGCCCUGCACAAUCUGACAAAGAAGAUCAAAGCUAACAACAUGGCCACACCCAAACAAAGAGCUGAGCAGGAGGAUGAAGAAUUCAGACCAGAGGGACUUCCUGAGCUGGUGCAGAGGGGAUUUGCUGACAUUCCUCUGGGGGAGGCCAGUCCGUUCAUCGUGAGGAGAACCACAGCGAGGCGCUGCAGUCCUCGGCUUGCUGCCAAACAGACUGAUAGCAAGGUUUUGGGGCCCAUGUCUCUCCAGAGUCCCUCUGCAGCCACGUCCACAGGCUGCUCGGCCGGGAAGUGUCUCUCCCCGGGGAGUGAGGAAAAUCCUCUGAAUGGUUCCCUGAGUUUGCAGAAGACACCAGAGCAGAUAGAGAAACGACUUUCAAGAGAACAAACACAGCGAGGGGACAACUGUCAAGUCCAGUAGAUCAGCUUUCACGUGCACACCACAGAUACACUUUAUAUUUAGAAUCACACAUCCUUAAAGACACAUUUAUUUUUAAAGCAGAAUCCCACCUGAAUAGUUUCAAUACUUUAAAUGCACCAUGUUCUUUUGACGGUGGCGGGUGUUAGGUUUUUUCUGUGUGUGUUUGUUUUUCUGCUUUGUUGAUUUCUUCCAGGUCUUUAAAAGACUGCACGAUUUUACCUGUUCUCUUUACUCUGCUGGUCACUGGAUGUCAUGAGAAACUCAAAGCACUAAAAGGAGUAAGACGAUGAGGCGGGUUGAAGUGGGGCGGGUAACGACGCCUCUGAAUGUGUUUGCUCCUCUGUCGCCUCUUCUUCACUUAAUAUCUUUGUUUCUUUGUGUCGUUACCACACAUUCAAUGGACUUUGUUUUCUGUCUUUUUCUGAACCUUGUUUUUUGUACAUAAUAUCUACAGUAAUGCCAGUUAUGCUACUAGCUCUAUAUCACAUAACCUGAAUGUUAAUGGCAGCUAAGAUUUAGUAGAAUUCUUGCUUUUUUUAUACAUAUGUUAUAGAUAUUUUCUAGCCAUCAAACCAGAUCUUGUUUUUGUUUUUAUUUCUUACUGAUGUUUAUUUAGUUGUUUAGGCAGCGAUCAAUAUCACUGAUCAUUGUAAAUAGCAAAAUAGCUUCUUUUUUUUCUUUUUUUACUAAACCUAUUUCAACUGCU